AUGAUGUUCGAGUGGCUCACAUAUCCCCUUGUCCUUGGUUACGACGUCGCCGGCCAAGUCAUCAAGACCGGUUCUGGAGUUAAUCGAUUCAAAGAGGGUGACAGGAUCGUUGGACUGGCAGCUGGUAUGGAUAAGCGCGGAAGAAGACCUGAUGAGGGCGCUUUUCAAGAACUUGUCGUGAUCAGAGAGCAUUUGGCUGUAAAAGUUCCUGACGGGAUGAAGAGUGCUGAUGCGGCCGUGCUGCCUCUUACUGCUGUAACUGCUGCGUGCGCUUUGUUCCAAAAAGAUCAGCUAGGCCUUCAAAUGCCGCAGAUCAAGACGCACCUUAAGCAUACUGGCGAGACAGUGCUGGUUUGGGGAGCGAGCACAAGUGUUGGGAGGAACGCCGUACAGCUUGCAGUCGCAGCUGGCUACGAUGUCAUCGCCACAGCGUCACCCAAGAACUGGGAUACGGUGCGCAGUCUCGGCGCAUCUGCAGUAUUCGACUAUCGCAGCUCGUCAGUCAUAGACGAUGUGGUGGCGGGUCUAAAGGACACAAGGUGUGCAGGCGCUGUAGCCAUCGGUCAAGGCUCUCUGGCAAAGUGUAUCGACAUCAUCAAGAUGACUCUUGGCGCUGCGAAGAACGUAGCCCAAGUCACAAUUGAUAUGCCAGCAUCGCCACCAACAGGUAAGCUCUCUAUGCUUCCAUUUGUUGCUAAGUACCUCUGGCUAUCUUCAACAAACAGACUCAAGGUCUUGAGCAGCGGAGUCCGAAGCAAGUUUGUAUUCGGCACGGACAUAAUCGAUUGGGAUGCCGAUGGGAAGAUAUCGAAGUACCUGACCGAGGCACUGGACCUUAGGGAUUAUACUAUGCCAUCCGAGGCUUGCGUUGUCGGAACUGGGUUGGAGACGAUUUCGCAUGGGCUGGACAGGGUUCGGAACGAGAAGUCUGGGAAGAAGAUCGUAGUUGUGUUAGAAUGA